UUUGAUGGCUUAGCUUGUGGGACAAAGGAAUGAUUCCUUCUCCAUAAAAAAAAAAAGCCUUGGAGUAGAUUUAGUAGCUAUCUUGUGUAUUAGGGAAUCAAAUCAAUCAAAGUAGUGGGUGGUUGUACCAUGAAAUGUAGCAAAGAAUCUACAGAAAAGGCUGGAAGGCUGAAUUGUGGAGUUUGCUUUAGUUUAGAGUGGAAUCCUUCAAAUAGUUAUUGGACUAUGCAGAUGAGAGAGGGUGCUGAAAAUGAAUAAAUGCAGGAUAAAUUCUAGGGAGAAGAUUUGUUCAUAAUUAGCAUGUACCCAGCUAAUAAGAAGAACAUGAACAUGGUGUCUGGUGGAGAUGCUGCCUUGGUUCUUACAACUGAUCCUAAGCCCAGGCUAAGAUGGACAGUGGAGUUGCAUGAUAGAUUUGUGGAUGCUGUCACUCAGCUGGGUGGCCCUGACAAAGCCACACCAAAAACAAUCAUGAGAGUGAUGGGUGUGAAAGGCCUUACUCUCUACCACCUUAAAAGUCACCUUCAGAAAUUUCGACUUGGAAAGCAGCCCCAUAAAGAGCUGAAUGAUCACAAGGAUGGAGACAGAGGUUGUAGGCUGGGAGAAGGGCAUGCAGCAAGUACUUCUGCAUCUUCCAGAAUGAUGAGUCACGAGAUGAAUGAGAGCUACCAAAUAACCGAGGCACUGAGAAUGCAAAUGGAAGUGCAGAGAAGACUUCAUGAGCAACUUGAGGUUCAGAGACAUUUGCAGCUCCGAAUUGAGGCUCAAGGAAAAUACAUGCAAUCCAUUCUGGAAAAGGCAUGCCAAACUCUUGCUUGCCAAACUGUGCAGCAGGCCUCUACAAGCACAGAUAACAGAAGGCAAGAGUUUGCAGAAUUGGCAUCCAAGGUGGGAUGUUUCAGGUCCCCUCCACCUUGUGGUACUGCCAAUUUUCCUUCUCUGUCAGAUAUGCCUGCGCAGAGUCAUAUGCGCCACCAAACCCAAUUGGCAGACUGUUCUGUAGAUAGCUCCCUGACAUCAAAUGACAAUCUUGGGAAGAUGUUUGAGGAAAACCUUCAAGUUGGAAGUCAGAAAAGGCCGAGGUCUUUCUAUUCUGAGGGAGACUCAUCAGUUUGGGAAAAUGAUUUGAGAGUGGAGGAUUUGAGAUUGCAAGAACAUGGCAACACUUCUCUAACCCACGCAGAAAGCUCCAGGGACAGCAAAUGCCAUCCUCUUCUUCGGUAUAAAAUGAAUCCCACUGGAAUCCAACCAGGAAUGGAUUUGGAGCAAAAGAAUUGUUAUAUAGAAGAAAUUGGUAGUAGCAGAAGAACUGGGAAAGAUCUGCAUGUUUGGCCUAAAAGCGAAAAUUUGAACCAAGAAAAACCCCAUUAGGAUGUCUGUUGUUUGGACUCACACAAAGCUGCAAUUCAACUUACAGAAGACCAAGAAAAGAUGCACUUCUCAACAUAUAUUGUGGUCAUGAAGAGUGUGAUUCAAAGGAGCAGAUGUAUUUUCUCCUGUUAGACAAUGGACGUACAGAGUCAUAACAGUUGUAUAGGUUUCUAGUGCUAAGUAUAGGUAUGUAAGCCACAACCGUAUGCAACAUAAGUUGAGAUGGUUUUUGACCACAUACUAACUGCACUCUUCCUUUUCAAGGUUUGUAAGGAUACAUGCAACUUCUGAAAAUGCUUGUUUAAUGGGUUAAAUUGAGUGGUGUUCUAUUUUUCCUUGA